CAGCCGCCUGUAGUUAAGCCCCAGCAGCGUUUUUGCAGCUUUCAGAGGUGGCUGUUGCCAGUGUCGCUUCUUCUUCUUCUUCUUCAGCAGCAGCAGCAGCUCCUCCAGGAGUGCUGAGCAGUUUUCCUCUAGCAAGAAACUGCUUGGCCAAAAUGGGGAGAAAGAUAUUGGCUGCAAGCCUCGCGGAGGCUCCUCCCCGAGCCAGGAUCCUGAGGUUUUUGGAGGAUUUCUUUUAACUCCGUGGCGAACCUUGGCGAAGGAAACAAGUUGCCACACACCACCACCAAGUAGCAACGGGGAGAAAACGCUGCCUCUCCAGCGACACCCAGCCAGUCCUCCGCUUCUCUCCCUCUCUCCCUCUCUCUCCCCCUUUUGCUAAAAAUCUACCUUGGAUGUGAUUGUUCCUUUUUAGUUGUGCAGGGAAACUGGCGCUGUCUGCUCAGACUGGGGAACGCCGAUCCCUUGGAUUUCUGCACACACACAAAUGCAGAGAGUGGGAAUAAACGAGAGAGAGAAGACAAUGAGGGCAAACAUGAUCUGACGGGGGGGAAAGAAAGAUACAAUCUCACCCUCUCUUGGGGCUCCGGCAGCGUGUGUUUUUUUCUGGGAUCGGGGAUUUAUUUUUAUUGGUGGUAUUUUCUUUGGAAAGGCAGAGGGAGGGGGAAAUCGACUUCAAGUGCGGAGCUGCUUCCAGCUGGUGCGUGAACCUUGCCGGGUUUGGAAAAAAAAUCCCCCCUUGGAUACAAAUUUGCAGGGAAUCCUGCCGCGGGCGCCGAGAUCAUCACCCUCACCAUGAAUUCCGUGGCUGGGAAUAAGGAGAGGAUCGCGGUCAGCACCCGAAACAGGAAAUAUGGGGUGAACGACCCCUGCUCCCCGACCAAACCCGCGGCUCCCUUCUCGCCCGAAAGCUGGUACCGGAAAGCUUACGAGGAAUCCCGGGCCGGCAGCCGCCCAGCCCCGGAAGGAGCCGGCUCCAUCCUGGGCUCGUCCGGCACCCCUUCCCCGGGAUCGGGCACGUCGUCGCCGGGCUCCUUCACCGGGUCGCCGGGCCCCGCUUCCCCGGGGAUCGGCAACAGCUCUCCCGGGUCGCUCGGGGGCUCGCCGGGCUUCGGCACGGGGUCUCCGGGCUCCGGCAGCGGAGGAGGCUCCUCCCCGGGCUCCGACCGCGGCGUCUGGUGCGAGAACUGCAACGCCCGCUUGGUGGAGCUGAAGAGGCAAGCGCUCAAGCUGCUCCUGCCGGGGCCCUUCGGCAGCAAGGACCCGGCUUUCUCUUCUGCGAUUCAUGACAAGCUGCAGGUGCCCAACACCACCCGGAAGGCGUGGAACGAAAGGGACAACCGGUGCGACGUGUGUGCCACUCACUUGAACCAGCUGAAGCAGGAAGCGAUUCAGAUGGUGCUGACCCUGGAACAGGCUGCCAACACUGAACAUUGCGAUGCUUCUCCUGGCUCCCCUCCUCCCCUCCCCAACAUCCCCACCUUGGUGGGCUCGCGACAUAUGGGCAGCCUGCAGCCCAGGGACUGGGCCUACAUGUCUGCUCCUUAUGCUACAUCCAAUUACGCUGGCUUUCUGCCUAACAAACUCAGCGGGAAACAGAACAACAUAGGGAUCGUUAAUGGGAUAGAGAAGAAAAAUGGUUCCUUGGGACAUCAGGCAAAGGUCAGUGUACAGAUGGCCACCAGCCCCAGCAAUGGUAACAUCCUGAAUUCUGUGGCUAUCCAGGCUCAUCAGUACCUAGACGGCACCUGGUCCUUGUCGAGAACAAAUGGCGUUACUCUGUAUCCCUAUCAAAUUUCCCAGUUGAUGACUGAGACUGGCCGAGAGGGAUUGACUGAAGCUGCACUGAACCGCUACAAUGCCGAUAAACCCUCCUUGUACAGCUUACCUGCUUCCCAAAGCACCUGUGUUGCCAGUGACACGUCAACAGGCACCUCAGUGGCAGCUUCCUUUUUUGCCAGAGCUGCUCAGAAGUUGAACUUGUCAUCCAAAAAAAAGAAACACCGGCCUUCUGCAUCUUCUGUUUCUGAAUCUCACCUAUUUGCUACCAAAUUCAGCACUAUCCUACAAACCUCCCCUCCACCUGCUCCGCCAUGUUUGCUGAGGGCAGUCAACAAAGUAAAAGACACUCCAGGACUGGGCAAGGUGAAGGUCAUGGUCCGCAUUUGUUCUACCUUGGCCAGGGACUCCUCUGAAUCCAGCUCCUUCUUAAAGGUUGAUCCUCGUAAGAAGCAAAUUAGUCUGUAUGACCCAUUGUCCUGCGGAGGCCAGAAUGCCUUCCAAAAACGGAGCAGUCAAGUGCCACCCAAGAUGUUUGCGUUUGAUGCCGUUUUCCCUCAAGACGCAUCUCAGGCCGAAGUAUGUGCAGGAACAGUAGCUGAAGUGAUCCAGUCUGUGGUGAAUGGUGCUGAUGGAUGUGUAUUUUGCUUUGGACACACCAAACUAGGAAAAUCCUACACGAUGAUUGGAAAGGAUGAUUCCAUGCAGAACCUUGGCAUAAUCCCUUGUGCCAUAUCCUGGCUGUUCAAGCUGAUUAAUGAAAGGAAAGAGAAGACAGGAGCCCGGUUCUCUGUCCGAAUCUCAGCAGUGGAAGUGUGGGGAAAAGAAGAAAACCUGAGAGAUUUGUUGUCAGAGGUGGCAACAGGCAGCUUACAAGACGGCCAGUCUCCUGGGGUCUACCUUUGUGAGGACCCAAUUUGUGGCAUGCAGCUGCAGAAUCAAAGUGAACUCCGAGCUCCUACUGCAGAGAAAGCUGCCUUCUUCCUCGAUGCAGCCAUUGCCUCGCGUCGUAGCAGCCAGCAAGAUUGCCGGGAGGAAGAUCACAAGAAUUCUCAUAUGCUCUUCACUCUGCACAUCUACCAGUACCGAAUGGAGAAGAGUGGAAAAGGGGGAAUGUCAGGAGGCCGUAGCCGCUUACAUCUCAUCGACCUGGGCAGCUGUGUUAAACCCCUCAGCAAAAAUCGUGAAGGAGGCUCUGGACUUUGUCUUUCAUUGUCUGCACUGGGCAAUGUGAUCCUAGCCCUAGUCAAUGGCAGCAAGCACAUUCCAUACAAAGACAGCAAGCUGACCAUGUUGCUCCGGGAGUCCCUUGGGAACAUGAACUGCCGUACUACCAUGAUAGCUCACAUUUCGGCAGCUGCAGGGAACUAUGCUGAAACACUUUCCACCAUCCAGAUUGCAUCCAGGGUUUUAAGAAUGAAGAAAAAGAAAACAAAGUACACAUCAAGCUCUUCUGGAGGAGAAAGUUCUUGUGAAGAAGGCAGGAUGCGGAGGCCAACCCAGCUGAGGCCCUUCCAUUCUCGGAACGUUGUUGAUCCAGACUUCCCCAUUCUUCACUUGUCAAGUGACCCAGAUUAUUCUUCUAGCAGCGAACAGUCAUGCGACACCGUCAUUUACGUUGGCCCCAACGGCACUUCCCUUUCGGAUAAGGAACUGACGGACAACGAAGGUCCCCCGGAUUUUGUCCCCAUAGUUCCUGCCCUUCAGAAGACCAAAACUGAAGGCAAGCUGGAGGAGAUGAGUGAGACAGCCCCCAGCACUUCCGAGAGAGACUGCUUGAAGUGCAAUACAUUUGCAGAACUCCAGGAGAGGUUAGACUGCAUUGACGGCAGUGAGGAGACUGACACAUUUCCUUUUGAAGAACUGCCUGCUCAGUUCAGCUCUGAGCAAGUGACUAAGUGCCCUGUGUCAGGCCAAGCAGCAGAGCUCACUAGUACAUCUGAGCCGGGCAGGGAAGAAGGCCUGGCAGGCUGCCAAGAACCUGAUAAAGAUUUCAAGGAAAACCUGAAUGCAACAGCCAACAAAAUUCAGGGAAGCCAUUCCCCUGUUCACACCGGGGUGCUUAAUGAGGCACCCACCCCUCCAUCACCUAGGAGUGUUACAGGCAGUCCAAGUAGCCACAUGAACUGUUCCCAGCAAUCCCACUCCACAGAUCUGCAGAGCAGCCGAGAAAGCCUUAACACUUGCGGCUUUGUGGAAAGCAAGCCUCGGCCCAUGGGUUCCCCGCGGCUUGGCAUUGCAAGCCUUUCCAAGACAUCAGAGUACAAGCCGCCCACUUCUCCUUCUCAGAGGUGCAAGGUUUACACCCAGAAAGGGGUGCUGCCCAACCCUGCACCACCACCAUCGUCCUUAAGCAAGGACUCCGGGAUGGUGUCCAGUGAGUCUCUGAUGCAGCCAGAGAUCCGCACUCCUCCCAUUGGCAUGAGCCCACAACUCAUGAAAAAGUCAGUGUCUUCCAGCAGUGCUGAUUAUGGGGAGCCCAUUGACAAUGAAGAGCAGCAGGAGCAGAAACAAGAGUCGCCUCUUUCUCCUGAGUCAAAGAAGGAGAUUUUGAGCACCACCAUGGUCACGGUGCAGCAGCCCUUAGAGCUGAAUGGAGAAGAUGAGCUGGUCUUCACCCUAGUUGAAGAACUGACCAUUAGUGGGGUUCUGGAGAACGGACGUCCAACAAGUAUCAUCAGCUUUAACAGUGAUUGUUCUGUGCAAGCUCUGGCCUCCGGGUCUAGGCCGGUUAGCAUUAUCAGCAGCAUCAGUGAAGAUCUUGAAUGCUAUGCCAGUACAGCUCCUGUGUCUGAGGUCAGUAUCGCCCAGUUUAUGCCUCUUCCAAAAAUAGGACUGGAUCACAAAGCUGAAGAGGCUGAAAGCAGACGGUCCUCUAUCAGCUCGUGGUUGAGUGAAAUGAGCACCGGAAGUGAUGGCGAACAGUCAUGCCACAGCUUCAUAGCCCAAGCAUGCUAUGGGCAUGGGGAAGCACUGGCAGAUGCGCCCAUUCCUGAACUGGCAAGAGGCGUACAGAACAGCAGUGUGGUUUGUAUAAAUGACAAGCAAAAGCCAGUCAACGAGGAAAUAUUUGUACUGCCAGAGGUUACCGAUGAAAGUAUUAAUAAAAUGUCACCUAUCAAAGGUUGUAAAACAUCAGCCCUGGGAAAGACUAUAGUCACAAUAUCAAACACCACAAGCCUAAGCAGUUGUGAAGGUUUCAUUCCAAUGAAGACCAACAUUACUGUGUAUCCAUGUAUUGCUGUUAAUCCCUUUAAGGCACAAGAGCUGCCUGAGACCAUAUCUGCAGUGUCGUCACCAGCAAAAGUUCCCCAGCCUCAAGAGGUGAAGGAAUCCAGUGUAAGAAAAGAGAUAAAAUUUGAUGAUCCUUGGCUAAAGAGGGAAGACAGUGUGAAAAAAGAAAGCUGUGGCCCCAAGGCUGAAGCCAUCACUCAACAAAAUAAGAAGCAGAAGUCAGCAGACAGGUUUAGCAGCAGUAGUGGAGAGACUUCUAGCUCCCCAGGAACGGAAAACCUAAAGAGGGUUGUAGAUGGAUGUGAAAUAGGACUUCCCAGUUCCUCGGCCCACAGCCCAGCACUGGGAAGCUUUAAAAAUGGCAGCCUCACGAGAGGCGUUCAGAAGGCCAGCAAGCUGGAAGAAUUGGAUGCUGUUUCCUAUCAUUACAUUGAGGAGAACAGUGCCGUUAGCUGUUCUGUUGGGUCCCAGACUUCCAGAGCUAGCCUGGAAAGAAGGAUUGCGUCCCCCAAACACUGCGUUCUCACACGUCCCAAAGGAACUCCGCCGUUGCCUCCCGUGAGGAAAUCUAGCCUGGAUCAGAAAAAUAGGGCCAGCCCUCAGCACAGCACUUGCAGUAGCAGCACCAGCAGCCCUUUGAACCAACCAGCACCUUUCCUGGCUAGUUUUCCUGAUGAGCUGAAUGGGAAACAAAAGGGUUCCAGUAUGGAGAGCGGUAACAAUAGCAGCAGUAAAUUGUUUAGUGCCAAACUUGAACAGCUGGCCAGCAGAACCAAUUCCUUGGGAAGGUCCAGUGGGAGCCAUUAUGAGUGCCUGUCUUUGGAAAGGGCAGAGAGUCUGUCCUCUGUCAGCUCUAAGAUGGGUCCUGGGAGAGACACCACAAUGCCCAGAGCUGGGAGAAGUUUCAACCGCAGUGCAAUGUCCUCACCCACAAACUCAGGCCUUUUUCAGUCUGCAGGGGCCUCUCCAAAGGCCAGUCCAUCAAAGAUCUCUGCAGUGAGCAAGCUCCUCUUGGCAAGUCCUAAGGCUCGAAGCCUGGCUGCCUCAACCACCAAAACACUUAGCUUCUCUACCAAGUCCCUCCCUCAGUCUGUAGGGCAGAGUUCAGGCUUGCCUCCGAAUGGAAAGAAUAUGUCCUGGUCUACUCAGUCUCUCAGCAGGAACAGGGGCUCUGGGCUCUCCUCAAAACUGCCCCUCAGAGCUGUCAAUGGGAGGAUCUCAGAACUUCUGCAAGGAAGCACAGGCACCAGAGGGCUGCAGUUGCGCAGGAACUCAGACACAGAUGAUCGCAGCACUGUCCACGGAGAAGAGAAGCCAACUGUUCACCUGCUGCCUUCACCUUACAGCAAGAUCACUCCACCUCGGAAGCCUCACCGCUGUAGCAGUGGCCACGGAAGUGACAACAGCAGUGUCCUGAGUGGGGAGCUGCCACCAGCCAUGGGGAAAACAGCCUUGUUCUACCACAGUGGAGGAAGCAGCGGGUAUGAAAGCAUGAUGAGAGACAGUGAAGCAACGGGAAGUGCGUCCUCGGCACAAGACUCUAUGAGUGAGAACAGCAGCUCCCUCAGUGGGAGGUGCCGAAGUCUCAAAAAUCCAAAGAAGCGUUCGAAUACAGGUUCUCAGAGACGGAGACUCAUCCCAGCUUUAUCGCUUGACACAACAUCUCCUAUAAGGAAACCUACCAGCCCAGCAGUACGCUGGGUAGAUGGACCUCUGAGAAGUUCCCAGAGAGGAAUGGGGGAGCCCUUUGAGAUCAAAGUCUAUGAGAUUGAUGAUGUGGAGCGGCUCCAACGACGACGCAUGGGGGACAACAAUGAGGUGGUUUGCUUCAACGCAAAACUGAAAAUCUUGGAGCACCGGCAGCAGCGAAUUGCAGAGGUCAAGGCCAAGUACGAGUGGUUAAUGCGGGAGCUGGAAGUGACCAAACAGUACCUGAUGCUGGAUCCUAAUAAAUGGCUCAGUGAAUUUGAUCUGGAGCAAGUAUUUGACUUGGAUUCCCUGGAGUACUUGGAGGCUCUCGAGUGCGUGACUGAGCGACUACAGAACCGUGUCAACUAUUGCAAGGCCCACCUCAUGAUGAUCACCUGCUUUGACGUCACUUCUGGGCGUCGGUGAAGAAUUAACCUCGAGAACAUUUUGGACUACUGCCACUCCCCUUUCUCCCUUUUGAACAGCACCCCAAAGACCUAGAAUGAGGAUGAAGGUUGGUGUCAUGUUUUGACUGUGUGUGGAAGAGAUUUCCCCCCUCUUAUUAUGCUGAAGAGUGGUGCGUACAUUGACUAGAUGAUGAUGAUGAUGAAAAGCAAAGACGCUGAGAAAUAAGGAUGUGGAAUCUCCUAGCCUGAAAGAGCACUUUGAGAAAUCUUUAAGGACAUGUUUGUAAAUAGGAACUGCUGGCAGAAGUGACUUUACCCCUCGACAAUAGCUGUAGAGGGAGGAAGAGCAGAUGUAGGAGCGACUGCUGCUGAGAGCACCAUUGAAGUAAAAAUACACAGGAAGACUGUCUUAAGUGCCUUGCAAAUCUUUAUUAUCCAAACAUUUAUGUUCAUACUUUCUUGUGUACAGAUGGUGCUAGUCAAGAAAAAGAAAAAGACAAAAAAUCAAAACACAUUUUCUGAAAUGUAUUUACAGCCUGUUUCCCCCUCCCUCGGUGUUUUAUCCUAUUUCUGACUUGCUGUUUCUACGUAACUUGUGUUUGUAGAGAUAUUUCUUAACCGAUACAGCAUAUAAAUAAGUGUUAACUGUCAUUUAUUGAUACACACAAGAGUAAGGCCACUCAAAGAGGAAAAAAAGAUAUUAAACUGUGUACAUUAAACCCAAAAUAUUUGAUGAUAAUGGAAGAGGAGAGGUCCACUUUGUUAUUAAAGAACAUCAAUAUGGAUAUUCUGGCAAAAUAACAAGACUUCAGUUGACAUCACUAGGAAAGCAGAAGUCUUCACUGUUUUUUUUUUAAGUUGGCUGUUACUUUUUGUACUCAGUUUGUGGUGUUUACACCACCAGUUUUCAUGGAUGCUCAAAUGAAGAUAUUUACUAUUUCUCUUACUUUAUGUUGACCAGGUAUCUUCAUUCUUUUCAGGCCCAGGAUCCAUUUUUAACCCAAACAUGAAUUUGGGGACCCAUUUCUUAACCCUUUACCUUAUAUUUGCAUGGUGGUGGUGCUGCUGUUAACCCACUAGCACAUCUCAGUCCACCAGUUGAAGACCAGUGAUAUUGAUUGACCACUGCCUCUUUUUUUCCUGAGGUGUGUCUAGGUUUGUCCUAGAGCUGCCUUCAUUUGGUUACAGAGAUACUGCAAAUGAUUCCCUACCUGUUGCGGCUCUAGGUCUAUGAACAUUGGAAUGGUUAUGGUAGAUCAGACCAGCAUCCUUCUAGUUUGUGGAAUUCAGAGCAAUCAGGUGUGGUGGCGGCUCUAGUUAGGAUGGAUUUAAAAGGGAUUAGGCAAAUUCAUGGAGGUUAGUCAAGAUUGCUAUAGGGAACCUUUCAGUUGAGAGGUCAGUAGGCACUGAAUACCAGGUGCUCAAGCCACAACAAGGCAAGUCUUCAUGUCCUGCUUCUCAGAAACAUCCAGUUGAGCACCAUGAGAAACAGGAUGCUGGACUAGAUGGACCAUUUGUAUGAUCAAGGACAGGGGUCCCCAAACUACGGCCCCCGGGCCGGAUGCGGCCCAAUCGGCCUUCCAAUCCGGCCCGCGACGACCCCCGCCGCCCGCUGCCGCCGCCCGUUCUCACGGCGCGCGGCGCAGCGACGA